GUAGGCCAAGCUAAUGCCUCACAGCACACUUCACAGGCUGAGCGUUUCCUUUUGUGCAUCCUCUCCAAGCCCUGAACUUACUCCAGUUGGCCUCUCCAGACCAAGCUCUCCCUCCCAGUGGCCUCUACAGGCCAAAACUGUCCUCAAGUCAGCCUCUCCAGGGCCAACUCCUAGCUACCGGUGGCUUCUGCAGGCCAAAAUCGAUCUCAAGUCAGCCUCUUCACACCCAGCUCUUGCCUCUAAGUGGCCUCUCCAGGAGCAAAACUUCCUCAAGUCGGCCUCUCCAGGCCCAGCCUCCUGCUUCCCGAGGGCAUGUACAGGCCCAGCCUCUGCCUCACAGCAGACUCUCCACGCCCAGCUCUUCCCUGUCUGCUGCCUCUCCAGUCCAAAGCUGCUCCUGCCUUUCGGCAACUUGUACAGGCCCAGCUCCUCCCUCACGGUGGCCUCUUUUCGCCCAACUCAUGCAUCUUGCAACCUGCCCAAGUGUCAGCUCCUGCCUCACACUGGCCUAUUGAGGCCCAGCUCAUGCCUCUCGUGGCCUCAACGGGCCCACCCCUGCCUGUCGGCGGCCUCUACAGGCCCGGCCUCUACCUCACAGUGGGCUCUCCAGGCGCACCUCUUUCUCACCGUGGCCUCCUGGGGCAAUGCUCCCCGCUCUCGGGAGCCUCUGUGGGCCCAGCUCCUGCCUCCCAGUGGCCUCAGUAGGCCAAGCCCGUGCCUCAGGACAGCCUUUCCAGGCCUAGCGUUUGCUGCUUUGCAUUCUCUCCAGGCUCUGGACUUCCUCCAGUCGGCCUCUCCAGGCCCAGCUCUUCCUCCCGGCGGCCUCUGCAGGCCCAGACUGUCAUCAAGUCGGCCUGUCCAGGGCCAGCUCCUGCCUCCCGGCGCCCUCUGCAGGCCCAAGUCAUCCUCAAGUCCGCCUCCCCAGGCCCAGCUCCGGCCUCUCGGCGGCCGCUCCGGGUGCAAAAGUUCCUCGAGUCAGCCUCUCCAGGCCAAGCUCCUCCUGCCUCCCAGUGGCCUCUUUCGGCCCAGCCCAGCUCAUGCCUCCCGGCGGCCUUAGGCCUCCUGCCUCCCGAAAGCCUGUACAGGCCCAGCCUCGGCCUCACAGCGGACACUCCACGCCCAGCUAGCUCUCGUCUCACUGCGGCCUCCCGAGUCCAAAGCGCCUGCCUCUCGGCCGCUUCGGCAGGCCCAGCUUCCAUCUGCCAGUGGCCUCUUCAGGCCCAUGGGGCUCAUUCCUCACAACGGCCUUUCCAGGCCCAGUUUUUCCCUUCCGGCGGCCUUUCCGGGCCCAGAACCUCGUCAACUCGGCCCCUCCAGACCCACUUGCAGCCUCCCGGCGUCCUCCCCGGGCCCAGCUCACUCCCGGCUGCGUCUCCAGGCCCAACUGCUGCCUCCCAACAACUUGUUUGGACUCAGCGACUGCCCAUCUCCUGGCGGCCUUGGUCGGCCCACAGCUUCCUCAAGCGAAGCUCCCCAGGCCCAGGUCAGGCCUCACUGUGGCCUCCAGGAUCAGCUCCUGCCCUCCGAUGGCGUCUCCAGGCCCCAAAUGGUCUCCGGUCUGUGGGCUCCUCCACGGCCAGCUUGGGCAUCCGUGCGACCUCUGCAGGCCCAAGUCGUCCUGAAGUCGGCGUCUCCCGGCCCUGCCUCCCAGCAAGUAAGCAAGCUCUUUUGCCUCAACUCCUGCCCAGCUCCCAGCAGCCUUUGUAGGCCCCGAAGUUUCUCGAGCCAAGCUCUUCGCGCCCGCCUACUGCCUCUCGGUGGCCUGUACAGGCCCAGGGCCAAGUCCCUGCCUGCCUCCCGGCAGCCCGCGAGCGGCACAGUUCCUCCCUGA